UUCAUUCAUGUUUCACACAGCACUGCCUUUAACUGACUUGUGACAAAACUUUUCGAGACAAUGACAAGAUUUUAAGUCGUUAAAAAACCACCUGCAACGGCGUUAGUAAAAUAGUGAUUACUGGGUAGAUCGUUAAUAAUAACGUCAGGAACGGAAGUAUCAUACAUUUUUGUCGUAUUAGUUCAAGUAACCUAACCUAACUUUACUUAAGUGUCUUCUUUAACAGUGAUUUUAUGAGUGCAGGUGAUUUAAGUGCUUAUGUUCAAAAGUGUAUUUUUGUACUGAAGAAUACUACGAGUUGCAAAAAUGUGCCUGUGCCUGUGAUUUAAAUAAAAGAAAAUGAAAGGAAACCACGUCGGACACCCCAGGACAAAGCUGUAAUUUAACAAUUAACAAACGGAUCACGAUUACUGUAACAACAACCAUGCCUGUCGGAGUCAGCAGUUUCGAAAACUCAUCGCUAAAAGCCAGCUUCUCUCUGUCGUCGCUUCCAGCGACGGAAUACACACCUGAGAAGGGCGUAAAGCCAAGAUUGUACAACAGCCUUACGAAAAAUAGGGUAAAGGCGACGGCAGUGAGGCGAUCAUGGGGAAGCACCGCCAGCGACCACAGGGAGGAAUUCUGGUCGGUCCUGCAGGCGAAUUACAACUACAUUAUGGAUAAUCAGCUUAUCGAUAAGUGCCAAGAAGUGGACGGCGAUUUAACUCGUCAUACAGGAACUUGGACUCUCAAGGAAUUCUAUUCCCAGUUCUCGGAACUCUAUUCUUGGUUAAAUAGCGUUCAAGAGACCAUUUAUGGGAAGGAGGAAAAUAUCACAGAUAAAGCUUUACGAGCACAUUGUGUGAAUAUGGUACUUGAGAAGAGUUCCUCACUUAAAUUAUUUAAUGAUCAAGCUAGUCAACUUGUGCAAUUGUAUCCGGAGGUUCAAGACGAAGUUGGUUGGAGGGCUACACACCUGAACUCGAAAUGGGACUCUAUUUUGAGCAUUCUAGGACCGUCAGACUGCGACCACUGUGACCAGGAUACUUGUCUAGACAUUGACCAUGAGCUCAAAUGUCUACGAAAGUGGUUCAAAAUAAUGGAAUCUUGUCUUCAACCUCUGGACUUUAGAGCCAAAUAUACCAAGACUGAAAUUGAAACAAAAGCUUUAGAAUUAAAUGUGCUGCACCGGGAUAUUGAAAAUCACGGUAAAAUAGUGGGUUCAGUGGUGAAAUUGUGUAAGAGGACGGAUGCGAAAUGCAACACGAUCAACGCGCGAAGAAUUGCAAAUGGCCUUGAGAGACGCUGGCACCUCCUCUUCCUGAGAUCCCUGGAAUGGCAGUGUUAUCUGGAAUCCUUGUCUAAGAAACAGAACCUCAGGAAUUCGGCAACUUCUUCGGACGAAUCUGACAGUGAUUGUUACAGAGAACCAGCAUCAAAGUACCCGCGUCUAAGUGGAAAGGAACGAUACAGAACCUACAGCAAUCGCCAUUUUGAUGAAAACUCUUCGAGCGAGGAUGACUCCUCGGAUGUAACGCAUGAGAUCGGAAUGACUGAGAAGGCCUAUAGACUAGGGGAAGAAAGAAAUGGUAUAGACGUGUUGGACGGUAAUUUUAUAAAAUCAUUCGAGGACACUUCCCAUUUCACGAAAUCAGAUAAAAAGGCGCCGAAUUUAGCGACUUACUACUUCAGACACGAAGACACCGAUUCGGACAUGGAUAAAGUGGAACAGAUUUGCGCCGCUUCGAAAAACGACGGGCAGAGUACACUGGAAGAGACCUCGGAAGAAGAAUGGACGUACACCAAGACGGAGGACAAAGGCGAGCAAAUGGACUAUAGAGAGGGCGGUUCCAGGGUCGAGGAACUAGAGGACGCACAUAUUAUUCCAAAGCCUAAACCCAUCCCGGAAGAUACGAUCAGGAGGUUAGUUCAGAAGGCGGAAGAGUUGGUGAGCCCUGAAAAGUGUAGAAAACCCGACCGAACCAACUCCCUGAGUAAAAUGUCACGAGUUAAUAAAUGGCUGAGUAUGGAUAAACCCGAUGAUAGUUGCGAUGCCAGCGGAGAAGAUGACGAAAAGGAAUCUCAGACGUCUGAGGAUUUCGAUGCCAGCACUGCGACAUUGAGAGAAACCCAGUCCAAUUCGCAAAACACUUCUAUCGAUGAACUUAACUCUACCAAUGGGAACAGACCCUGGCACGGAUCCUGCAUGUCGCAACUUAAUGAAGUGUCGUCUACUCCCGGGAUCAAUAAUUUUUCAAUAUCGGAAUCCGCCCUACACAAAAUGAACUUAACGCCCAAAGUCUUAGAUCGAUUUACCACGGUGAGCAGCAACAGUUUCACCGUAAAUUCCAACAACUCGACAUCUUCGACGGUUGAAGAAAUUUCCCCUCUUUUAACUGAAAAGACAUCGCCCAUCAGAAGAAAGAAGUCGAAACUGAAGAAGAAGACACUGUUUGGAAAGUCCGACACCCACUUACUGUAUAGUCCUGCGGCACAGAAAAACAGGAACCUCCUCAUAAAAUCUGGGUCCUUCUCCGGUUACAGCUCGCGGUUUACCAAUAACGAUAGGAACAUUUCAAGCGACCCUCCGGCAGACCCGGUUUGCCUCUACGGCAUUUUCUGCGAGACCUCCACCACCAGCGGAGCGGACAGCGACGAAGAUAUCAGCAGAAGGAUACCCAACUUUAAGUUUGGAGCUAAAUCACGUUACUUACACGGUUCCGAAUCGAGAGACGAUAGCCCUGGGAAGAGCAGCUUGAAUGCAGCGGAAGAGCAGUCCAGUUCGUUAUCGGAGGCAUGGGACAACUACCAGGAAAAUUAUCUCUCGGAGGCGUACAGCGAGUCCCACGAUUCCGAUGCCGCCAGGAAGUUGUUAAACUUCGGCGAAGACUACAGGAACUUCAUCGACAGCCAGUCGGACUGGUCGGCCUUUUCCGAUAUGUCGCCGACGUUCAAGAGGAAGUCGUGGUCGACGCAGAACGCGGAAGAUUCGAAUAGCGACGAGGAAUCUCUGAAGCAACUCAUAAGCGAUUCGAGGGAUCAGUUGAAUUAUGCCGAGGAAAUCUACAAACAAGUUAAAUUAGGAAUCAACAACCACUUAGUUACUAACGAGAUAGAUGACCUAGUUGCCAACUGUGACCGCCAUAUCGCGCUGCUGAAUCACAUGAAUGAGUCUUCAGACGAAUACAAAAUGUCGAACGGCGACAAGGCAGUCACGACAGGUUUACUGAGUCAGUGGAGGAUUCUAAAAAUAAAAAGUUUAAAAAUGCAGGAGUACAGAAGGCUUCAGAAGCAGAUUUUGGAACUGAAAGCGUUCGUUAUUUCUGUCAGUACUCCUGAUAAAACGAAAAUUUACACGCAGAAUUUCCCGGUAGAGGACAUUCACAAUGAAAUAGACGCCUGUAAUAAAUUGCUGGAAACCAUAACAAAUCAUGGUGUAAAGCUGGCCUCACUGAAUGCCAUUGUCCAUAGAUUCACAUUAGAGAAUCAGGAUUACGAAGAUUUUAGCGAGUGCUCCCUGAAAUCGGACAUUUCCGAGCUCUAUGAACUCUUUGACAAAGCCCGUACCUGUACCACUGAUAAGCUGUGCCAAAUGGAAAGCCUUUUACCAGCCUGGAAAACGCUCGAGUCCAGGCUGGAGCAGCUACAGAAGGAUUUACGAGAGGACGAGAAAACUAUACAUUUACUCGACUCUUGUUUGACAAAUGGCACCUUCACCGACCAGACCGCAACCUGCGUGAGGGACGUGGCCAAGGUCUUGUCGGAAACCACCGCACACCAGGGCUACCACCCGCUACAGGAGAUAUUCACCGAGGGCUCGUUUUCGGACAGCGGCAUUUCGGACGAAGGUUCCGAGCACGAGAUAGGCGAGAGGCAGGGCAGAUUGGCGGCAAUUCGGCGGCUGGUGAGGCAGCUCGAAGUUGGUCUGUCGCCGGAUUCCAAAGCAAGACUCAUAAUGAGAGAAAAAUUGAACGCGGCGGAAGAGGAGCUGAAGGCUUUGCAGCAGCGGUGCAGGUCGUUGAUUGUCAGGACUGCCGCUUGUUCCGCUACGAUUCCGGACCGCCUAAGUUUACAGCCAAAGGACAAAGGUAUGGCGGGCGACAAGUCCAGGGACGGAGAUGGCGACGACCCGGGAAGUGACCCAGGCCUACAGCCUUGGUUCAAACGUAUGUUCAGGGCUUCACUGGCCUUUCAGUUAGUUAUCAUUACUUUCGUUUGCCUAAGUUGCCUAUUCGAGCCCCAGUGUUGUGAUUACAUGAACAAUUAUUCGUGGUCCUUCAGUCCAAAGUUACGUUACGAAGGUCGUCCACCUAUAUGAUUUGUUCGUAGGGUACUUAAAUUCAUUUAACUUUAGUUCACUGCCAUAUUCGACAGCGCAGAGGUACAUGUUUAUAUUUCUGUGGGGAACUUUGAACGUAUUACUUAUUUAUAUUUUUUGACAGUGGCAAGAAGCUACUUUUAUUUGAGGAUUUGUAUAUAGCACAGGAUAUAGAGACAUAUCUGUUCAUAUCACCAAAACUGGUUGACUGAUAUUUUCAAAGUUCUCGCCUAUUAGCGAUCUUAAUAUUUUUUGACGUGAUCGUUAGGGGAAAUGUAUAAUAAAAUGAAGGUACAAAUGUUCUUUUAUUUCUUAAUCGUCUUGGAUGCAUCUCUGACGUCGAAAUUUUUAUACCAGUUUGUCGCUUACUGCUGUUGUAGAAAGCUUUUUAUUAUUAUUAAAUAUUUUAAUUACUGAAAUAAAAAAAAUGCCUGAUUGAAAAUUAUAGCAUAUUGCUAUUUUGUAUAUAUAAAUAUUUUUUUUACAAAAAUGUAUAGUUAGAAAAAUGUUUCUAGUUAAUUUAAAUAUUUUUAUGGAGAUUUUUUAUUAAUGCGGUCGAACUGACCCGCGAAUUUUGUCCUUAGUAUUUAUUUUAAUGGACCAAUAUGGCGUAACUCCAUUCGCAAAGUUACGCGUAAAGUGCUCAUAGCAUUUAUGUUAUUUAUUCUUUUUUAUUAUUUUUAUUAUUAUUUUUAUUAAAUGUGACAUCUCAAUAUUCCAUAUACAUGGAAACGCCACAAAUUCUUCCGGUCAAAAUAACGAAAUUCAAUUAAACACCUCUGCCCAAAGUUGCUCUGUUCAGCCGCAAGAUGGCGCCAUAAGAUUUAAAUAAAAUUCGGUAUUCGAGAACUUGUUUCUUUUUUUACAGCCAAAGUAAUUACAAUUACAGAAGUGACAAACAUGCCUUUAAUUAAAUUCACUUGUAUUUUUUUUGCAAUUGCUUUGAUUAAAAAGUGACAUCUGAUCGUCUAAUUUUGACCGCUAGAAUUUGUUGUGUUUUCAUGUGUACAGAACAUCGGGAUGCCACUGAUUCAUUUAAGGAUGUUGCACAAUGGAAGUUUUGGAAACGUUAAUACAUAAAAAGUUAAACUACAAUAAUCAUGUAUCAUGUCCUUGUGGUUUUCAAAGAUCACUAGAUAGUUUUUCUUUUUUGAACAACUUUGUGUGACACACUUUAUACAGGGUGUCCCGAAAUUCAUGCAACAAAAUUUGGUCAUAGAUUCUUAAGACAAAUUUAGGGGACCCGUAUUUUUUCUCAGCCCCCUGAAAUCUGCCCCUAAGAUGUCAUUUUCAAAACCAUGUCGUACGAGAUUCACUAAAUUUGGUACAUAGGGGUUUUAUGACAUGUGGAAUCCAACAGUGCUACGCUUUUUGGCGAGAAACCCC